GUUGACGUGGCGUCUCUCUCAGUAAUCAGCUGAGGUAAUGUGGCACACAGAGGAAACACGAGAAUGGCCUAAUCACUGAAGACAAGCGGACCGCCCUCAGUUUUUCUGUGAAAAAUGACUGGAAGGAACCAGCACAAUGGUUUCCAGUUUGCAACCACAGUGCAGCCACCCACAGGUGGUUAUAUGUACACUUAUGGGAACAACUCAGAGACCGAAUACUCGGAGGAAGAUGGCGAGACCUUUGAACUGCGUUCCAGAGGCAGGGAGAGGCAUCGCAGGCGACCCUCUACAGAUCGCAAGGAUGAUAUUGUCUAUUUGAUAAGGGAUAUAAAAGAGGGAGAUACGUUGAUCAGUAUUUCUCUGCAAUAUUUCUGCACUGUUGCAGACAUAAAGCGAGCCAACAAUCUUCUAACCGAGCAGGACUUUUUUGCGCUGCGGUCCAUAAGGAUCCCUGUGAGAAAGUUUAGCUCUUUCACAGAAACCCACAAUACUGCUCCUCUCAAAACUAGCUCGCCCGGUGGCACUCGCAGAAAUGCAGAGAUCCCAGUUUCCGGAGCUUCCUUGGACUCUUUAUCCUCUUCCUCAUCUGUCGACAGCGUGGAGUGCUUCCUGCAGGAGAAGGACAAGGACAUUCAACUUCUUGUCAAGUCUUCAUCCCCUUCCAGAAGCAGUCUGAGCGAGGUAGUCUCCUUGCUGGAACAGCCGCUUUUAGGUGACCCCGAGCGCCGGCCGACCCAAAAGAAAGACCCGUACUAUGGGGCUGACUGGGGAAUGAGAUGGUGGACUGCAGUGGCCAUCAUGCUGGUCGUGGGCAUUGUUACACCUGUUUUUUACCUGUUGUAUUAUGAGGUUCUGAUGAAAGCAGAUGUUAGACACCACACAACCAUAGACUCUAUUAGGCCUGGACCCACACAGCCAGCCUUUGUCGAGCCUAUUAUUUUACCAAAGGCCAGUGCUGCCUCUCACCUAAACUCUAACCUACAGCCAGUUAUUGAUCAUGGACCUGCAGUGAAGCAUGAAGAAGAAACAUAAAGGCACUUGGAUCAUAAUGACAAGCUCUAAGGGAUUCAUUUUGAGACACUAAAGGAAAUUACUAGAAGUGAAAACACAUUUUAAUGAUGAAAAUUGAACUUAGUGCAGAGGAUUGAGUGAUGAUUCCAAUCCUGUUUGCAUUUUUCCUUGAUGCAUUUUGCACAGUUGGAUGCUGGUUUUGUUGUGUGUCAGUCACUAAUGAGCCAGUUUAUUGCUUAGUACAUCUAUUAAGCUAAAAGUUUUCUGCAAGGGCAAACAGAUGAUAUAUUGUCAAAGACAUUUGCUGCCACUGUCUGGUUGUCAGGGAAAUAAACAAUCAUUUAUUUUAGGAAAAGUAGAAUCCAGAAUCAGUAUUGCAAUGGAUCGUAACAAUGUUGCCGGGUUAAAAUUUUAACCUGCUUAAAAAAAAAAAAAAACUUGGCCUAGUGAAGACCACAAUAAUGGGAUCCUGAUUUUCCUCUAGCAGGAGCACAGUAGUGAUUUGUAAAUUUUUCUAACACAUGUUCUCAAUUCAAGUCCAGUAGCAGAGCUGUAAACAUUUCUAUGAAACAUGGAGUACAGUGAUUACUUUUGAACAGUAUGUGCCUUCAUCCUGUAGACGCAGGUUGAAAAUAAAGGAAUUAUAUUUUA